CCUGUACUAUUCUCUCAUCACAAACAACAAGUCUAACAGAAAUGAGUACGACAAUACCAGGAAUAGAGGCAAUAGCAUUAGUAGGAAGUCGGAAUCAGAGACUAUACCUAAAUGCAAGGGUUGCAUAUCAAGAAAAACAAGAUGUCAAUCGGAUACGAAAUGAGAUGCUAAGAUUAGAGUAUGCUGCUCAUUGUGCUUUGGACGUGGUAGAAGAACGAUCUCAAACUAGAUCAGCAAACGGGGAAGUGACUUCGUCGGGCGUUUCAUUUCUGGGAUUAGUGCUCACAUUGGAAGAUCUGGCGAUUUAUGCAUUGGUGACAAGUACAAAACUGAGAAUACUACUCUUGCUCACACCGGGAGAGUUCAAAGUGAGAGAUUUGGACUGUAUCACUAUCCUUCGAGCUGUGCAUACAUGCUAUCUAUCGCAUAUCGGCAAUCCUUUCCAUGCUUUGCCUUCACCUAGAACGGGUAUUCCACACAUGCAUCUCGGUCAGUCAAAUGCACAACUGGAGAUCAAGAGCGAUCUGUUCGAUAAACGAAUCAGAGCUAUCGGAGGCUGGUAGUUAUUCGCAGCAUCAUCACAUCAUGUACUAUAGAUCAGGCUGUCAUCGAGAAUUAUUUUCAUCUUUUGUCAUUAUUUCAUUCUUUCGCUAGCGG